UCAGUUGUCAUUUGCACGUGUGAUUUUGUGCAUGUUGUUUACAAGUUUCUAACCAAAAUUUUAUUAUAAAACUGUGUAAUUCCCUUAUAAAUGGUGAAAAUAAUCCACUCCUAAAAUGGUCAAAAGAGUCGCUAAAAACUCGGUGUCAGAAGAUGAUGUCGAUUCCCAAGUCCUCAAUGAGAAUGGGAAACGUGCUGCAAAUGUUCCUAACAAGGAACCGAAAAAGCGAUUGAAAACUAAAAGUUUGUACCGCCAGCCGACCGCCAACGAGCUGAAUCGUCUUCAAGAGACGGAGAAUCUAUUCAAUUCUAACCUGUUUCGCCUACAAGUUGAAGAAAUACUCCAGGAAGUCAAAGUGAAGGAGAAAACUGAAAAAAAAUUCCAAGAGUGGUACACAGAGUUCAAAAAUCAUUUAUUGGCUAUCCCAGAAAAUGAUACAGAAUACGAUCUGACAGAGUCGGCACUUGCUAAAACACUAAAAGUCAAAAUACCAAUAGGCAAUAAACUAUCCAAAACAAAAUGUAUGUUCCGGUUUUACAAGUUUAGUGAUGUCAAAAUUGUUGGGUCUUAUGCUAUUGGUUGUGCAAUAAAUUCCAAACUCUGCGUCAAUGUACAGAUUACAGUCCCAGCUGACACAUAUACCAAAAAUGAUUCAAUCAACUACAGGUAUCACAAAAAGCGGGCAGCAUAUUUGGCAUUCAUUGCUUCUCAUAUCAAAAAACAUGAAUCCGUUGAAGAAGUAAAAUACACAUGUUUAAACGGUAGUGAAAUUAAGCCAGUGUUAGAUGUAACACCAUCAGGCAAACUUAACAAAUAUCUAACUGUACGUAUUGACUUGGCAUGUGAAGCAGAGGCGUAUAAGUUGCACAGAUUCAGUCCUGCACGUAACAAUUUGAGAAAAGCGUGGUUAUUUUCUGAAGAAGGUUCCGAUAAUAAUGAGAUUGGUCCUCCAACUCCAUACUACAACAGUAGUGUGUUACAAGAUCUCACAUCUUCCGUCAAUGAGGAGUUUUUAAAGGAAUCUUUAUUGGAUAGAGAAAAUUUAAAACAAGCGGUGGUUUUGCUUAAGAUCUGGUUACGUCAAAGGAACCUGCAGGUGUCAGGACAUGUCAUCAGUUUAUUGGUGUCAUACUUGGUGCAGAUUAAAAGGAUCAAUAAUAUCAUGAGCAGCUACCAAAUUGUGAGGAAUGUGUGGAUUGCAUUAAAAUCAUCAGAAUGGGAUGCGAAAGGUAUUUCUCUACACAAGGGCGAGGACACACCUUCACUUGAAGAGUUCCACCAACACUUUCCUGUAGUAUUUAUAGACAAAACAGGAUAUUACAAUAUCUGCUGGCAGAUGUGCAAGGGCACAUACAAUGCUCUCCGAAGAGAAAGUGAGCUGGCUGUAGAAAUACUAGACAAUGGAAAGAUCAACAGUUUCCUGCCACUGUUCAUGACUCCGGUGAAACCACUACUGCAGUUCGAUCAUAUCUUAUUGUUCAAGGACUUCCAAAAACUCAAAGAGUCUGUUCUCUCUAAACUGCCAAGGCCCGUCCGAUUGAACUACGGAGUGGAGGAACUGGCUCUAGUGACAGACUCGUUGCACGCAUUACUGGCUAAGGGCUUGGGCCAGAGAGUGAAACUCAUCUUGCAAAUGGUGGAAGCAGAUUUUUCUUGGUCAGUGAAGACCAAACUUGAUAAAGCUCGAGAAGAAAGCUACAAGGAGCAACUAUCAUUUGGCCUUAUAUUGGACCCUGAGAACUGUUUGAACAUUGUCGAAAAAGGUCCACCAGCUAAUCUACCAGAGGCUGAGGUGUUUCGAGCGUUCUGGGGCGCCAAGUCGGAGCUUCGCCGCUUCCAAGACGGCUCCAUCACGGAGGCGUGCGUGUGGGACGCCGACUCGCUGGCCGAGCGCCGCGCCGUCACCGCGCAGAUUGUUGACUACUUGCUCAACAUCAAGUUUGACAUAAAGCCCUCGGACCUAUUCCACGUGGGGUCGGCACUAGAGAGCCUGGUGUCCCGCAAGCAGUACAACGCCCAGACCGAAGAGGCUUCAGUGGGCGUGGUCCAAGCGUUAGAUGAGUUGAGGCGCGACCUCAGGCAGUUACAGCAACUGCCGCUAGACGUCAGCGCUGUGUAUGGAGUGUCACCGGUAUUCAGCUACUGCGAGCCAACGCCCGCACUACCUCGGGCUCCGCUGAACAAACCGUGGCGGCGAGGUAACGCAGCCCUGGUCAAGGAAAUUGUCAGAGACGACGGAACUUGGGUCGUGCCGGAAUACACGCCUGUAUGCAAAGCUGUGAUUGAGCUGG